AUGGAAAUCGGAAAUUGUUUCUCGUUGGCCCAAAAAAAAUCCACGGCCCAAGGCCAUGGUGUCGGUGGAGAAGCCGCCGGCGGUGUUGUGGUCACGGUGGGAACGAGACGAUUGGCUGAUUUCCGACGGAGGGAGCAGAGAAAAAAGUCGGGGGAAGGUAAUUCUGAGAACGAGGAGGUUGGUGAAGAUGAAUUGACAACGUCGUGGGCUGGAAUAAAUCGACGGCCCAACCAAUUAAUCCUUGUGCCAUUUCCACUGGCGGAGCUUCACUCUUUUGGGUUUCUACCUUGUGGAGCCGACGUCGUCUCUGAACAAUUGAAUAACGGCGGAGGCUGGCAGAAGAAGUAA